GAAAAGAAUGGCAGGAAUCCGAUGUGACGUCACACGCCCACUCGCCCGUCCAGUUCGGGGGGUUCAACAUGGCGUCCAUGCAGAAACGGUUACAAAAAGAACUGAUGGCUUUGCAAAGUGAUCCACCCCCUGGAAUGACACUGAAUGAAAGGAGCGUGCAAAACACAAUCACAGAGUGGUUUAUAGAUAUGGAGGGAGCCCCUGGUACUCUCUACGAGGGCGAGAAAUUCCAGCUCCUCUUCAAAUUCAGCAAUCGUUAUCCCUUUGACUCACCUCAGGUAAUGUUUACUGGAGAGAAUAUUCCUGUCCAUCCACAUGUGUACAGCAACGGCCACAUCUGCUUGUCCAUUUUAACAGAGGACUGGUCUCCAGCUCUCUCUGUUCAGUCCGUCUGUCUUAGCAUUAUCAGCAUGCUGUCAAGCUGCAAAGAAAAGCGACGCCCACCAGAUAACUCCUUUUAUGUACGGACAUGUAACAAAAAUCCAAAGAAGACAAAGUGGUGGUAUCAUGAUGAUACAUGCUAGUGGUGCUCGGACUUUUAGUAAACUGUAAUUAUAAAAACAGACUCACUGAUGGUACAUCUGCACUUUUUUGAUAUUCAGUCUUUGGCGUUAGACUGAACGAACAGACCUCCUGGCUACUUGGCGAAGCGACGUGUUUGGGGCGUACACUUCAGCAGGCUGAAAACUGGGCAGAGCACUACAGGAAUGUAAAACUCCAUAUUCUGAAGCAAGCAAGCAAGUCUUUGCAGUAUAUAGGGAUUUUUUUUUUCCUCUUAUGGUGAAAUUACUUUUGAGUCACUUUUUUGUUCUCAUUCUCUUUCUGUCUCUCUCAGAAGCCUUUCCAGGAUGAAGCCUUUUGUGCAAUAAUCAUUUAAGCAUGCUUACAUUAUCAAAGAUCGACAGUCCAAAUGUGUAAUAAUCUGGAAAAAGACAAAAAAAACUACUGUAAGGGAUCAAGCGUUAUAAGCGGAGACAAAUGUCUCAGUUUUGCCUCACUUCAAAAUAUGCACUGUGAAAUUUAGGGAGUGAACACUAUCCUGUUUUGUACGUCGUGAUUAUAGAGUAAUGAAACCUUCGUUUGGAGGGAACCCGAAUUAAAGGUAAUGUGUUUGGUUAUGGUUUGUAGAGGUUAUUCCAGCAGGUAGAUUGUUAUUUACUGCGGUACUGACAGAAAAUAAAUAGUCAGCAUGGGUCGAAGUUCAUGCGUCCUUUACGCACCCCCCCUCUUUCGCAUAGUUUUCUCUGGAAGCCCAUUUUUACAACAAGAAAAAAAGGAUUUUUCCCCUCAUUUCUGCAAAGUUUUACAUCAAAUUUUUUGAUGUAGUUUCAUGAAAUAAGUACAUAUUUCCUGAAAAUGUUUGCUUAGUGUCUCAAAAAAUUGACUGUUGAUCUCAAAAAGUUAUUUUCAUGUAAUACUGAUUAAAUAUCUUGAAAUAGUUACUUAUUGUCUCAAAAUAUUGGCUUAGUAUCAUCUCAGGAUUUUCAGUAAGAACAGAAUUCUGACAUGCUAUGUCAAAAUAAUGGGUUAUUUAAAGUUUCAAGAAGGUAAAAAAAGUAAUUAUGUGUCAGAAUUUUGAGUCAUUAUUAUGAGGUACGAUAUCAAAAUUUUGAGGUCGUUAUUUCAAAAUACUUUGUCAAAAUGUUGAGAAAAUAAGUCAUUAUUUUGACCUAGUAUGUCAAAUUUUUGAGAAAAAAGGUCAUUAUUUUGACACAUUAAGUUGAUAUUUCUGGUCUGGUUAAUCGAGAUACUAAGGCACAAUUUUGGCACAUUGAUGCCAAAAUGAAAAGGGAAAAAAAGACAUUUCUUUUCUGCCUUCCAGGAAUGGGCUUCUGUAAUUAACAGAGAAGAACUGAUUUUAGAGAUAAGAAAAAAAACUCAUUAACCACUUGAUCGUUCAUGUAAUGCUAUUACUUCAGGUUCUUUAUCAAUUUUAUGUUUCCGAUUUAAUGGGUGAAUGCUCUUACAUAUUGCAGUGAUGGGAAAGGCUGUUUAUUUUAUUCUUUUCUGGUAGUUAAUCUCUUCCAUUUAAAGCCCUGUUUAGGAGCUGAUGAAAGAACUCCACAGCCGCUCUGGGUUAAAUCUGAGUUUACUGACAGAGAGCCUGUUAAACGUACGUAGUGUGUGUUGCUGUUAUUGGAAAGUUUCUGUUUUUUGCAGUACUAAAGUAUGAUUUCUGACUGGGGCUUUAAGGCAAGUAACUUUAAUUUGAACUUGUGUGAAAUGGUUUAUGUUUUUGUUAUUUAACAUUAUUUAAACAAAAUGUUCUAAUUAAAAAAUAAUAUAUUUUGAAAUGA